AUUGAGUAGACGCUUAAAGGAGGAGGAGACGAUGAUGAUGAUUCUUGGUUUCUUGAUUGUUGCGGCACUUCAGGUGGCGGAAGGCGGAGAUGGCGGGGGCGGUGGUGGGAGAGCGUUUUUCGUGUUCGGGGAUUCGUUGGUGGACAAUGGGAACAACAACUUCCUCGCCACCACCGCUCGCGCUGAUUCUCCGCCUUACGGCAUUGACUAUCCCACUCACCGCCCCACCGGCCGCUUCUCCAAUGGCCUUAACAUCCCCGAUAUCAUCAGUGAGAAGUUGGGCUCGGAGCAUCUAAUGCCAUAUCUGAGCCCGGCGUUGACCGGGAAAAAGCUUCUGGUAGGUGCGAACUUUGCUUCGGCCGGGGUGGGAAUACUUAAUGAUACCGGAAUCCAAUUCGUAAAUAUAAUUCGGAUGCCACAGCAACUGGCCUAUUUUGAACAGUACCAACAAAGAGUGACAGAAAUGGAAGGGGCAAACAAGACAAAGAAACUGGUGAACGAGGCACUAGUUCUAAUAUCUCUGGGCGGUAAUGAUUUCGUGAACAACUAUUAUUUGCUGCCCUUUUCUUAUAGGUCUCGCCAAUAUCCCCUCCCUCAAUAUGUCACUCUUCUCAUCUCCAAAUACAAAAAGAUACUCAAGAGGUUGUAUGAUUUGGGAGCUCGCCGAGUAUUAGUGACCGGGUCGGGGCCGCUGGGGUGUGUGCCCGCGGAGCUAGCACAGCACAGUCAUAGAGGUGAAUGUGCGGUGGAGCUGCAGCGCGCCGCCGCCUUGUACAACCCUCAACUCGUUCAGAUGAUUAAAGAACUUAAUAGUGAGGUCAAAGGAGAUGUGUUUGUUGGGGUCAACACCAAUCAAAUGCACAUGGAUUUCAUUAGCAGCCCUGAAUCUUUUGGAUUUAAGACAUCAAAGGUGGCAUGUUGUGGACAAGGGCGAUUCAAUGGACUGGGUUUAUGCACGCCACUAUCAAACUUAUGCCCGAAUAGAGACGAAUAUGCAUUUUGGGAUGCAUUCCACCCAUCAGAAAGGGCUAACCGAAUGAUAGUGGAUCAGAUCAUGAAUGGAACCACUGACUAUAUGCAUCCAAUGAACCUCAGCACUAUCAUGGACUUGGACUUCAAGGCUAGCCUGAUUAGUUAAUUGAUAAUUAGUCAUCUUGUUUAUUAUGUGUUAUUCGUUAUUUAUGUGGGCCAAUGGACAAUUAGACGUGUAUUUUGUUUUCUUGUGACAUUAAAUUUAAGAAAAGAGCUAUACUUAGGACAUGUUUACUUGACCGUGUAACUCACCGUUAGGGUAUUACGAAGCUUGAAGUAAACGUUCCCUGUUGGAUAAAUGUUUGUGUACUAAGCCGAUAGGCCUCUUAAUCGCCGUUUAAUAAACACACGCCCCCCAUGUUUUAUUAACCGGUCACUUAAGC